CCCACUAACAAUCCAGCAACACAAAUCACCCAAAAAAAACAGACGCCUCCGCCAUUAAAGGACCUCUUUGCAAGAAAAAAGCUUCAACAAUUUUCUAAACCCCCAAAUCAGCCAAAAUAGGGUUAGUCGAAGAACCCCACCGUAAUUCCACUGAGGAUUCGACUUCUUGCUUUGGUUUAAGGAAGAAGAACAGCAAAAACCAGAAAGAGAAGCCGAAAAUGACUCAGACUAACGCCGGAGCUGGAACCGGAGCCACCUCGACGGCGGAGACUCCUCAGCCGCAGCCGCAGAGCAACGAGAUGGUGCUACACACUGGAAGCUUGAGUUUUAGCAGCCACAUGUCGAAAGAAGACGAAGAGAUGACUCGUUCUGCGCUCUCUGCGUUUAGAGCUAAAGAAGAUGAGAUUGAGAAGAGGAGGAUGGAAGUUCGUCAACGGAUCCAGGCUCAGUUGGGUCGGGUCGAGGAAGAAACCAAACGCCUUUCCACUAUUCGUGAGGAGCUUGAGUCUAUGGCGGAUCCUAUGAGGAAGGAAGUUUCUGUGGUCCGUAAGAAGAUUGAUAGUGUUAACAAAGAACUCAAACCUUUAGGUUCCACUGUUCAAAAGAAGGAAAGGGAAUACAAGGAAGCUCUUGAUACAUUCAACGAGAAGAACAGGGAGAAAGUACAGCUUAUCACCAAACUCAUGGAGUUGGUAGGAGAAAGCGAGAAGUUGAGGAUGCUGAAGCUGGAGGAGCUGAGCAAGAGCAUAGAAUCCGUGUGAACGUGUUGCAAGAACUAAUUGGGUUUAGGAUCUUUGCUUUCUUGGGUGUGAUGUACCUAGUUUUACAUUUUCAUUUUGUAAGAUGUGUGUAUUCUUUAAGAUUGUUGGGUGUUUUCUUUUUUAUUGUUAGUUUUGCAAAAUCUUUGGGGUUGGUUUGUAAAAUUUGUGGGUUCUCGUAUUUUUUUGAUUAACCGAAUUAGGGAGUGGAGAAAAUGGGAAAUUCUUAGGAUACUGAAACUCAUUACAGUGAUUUUUUUUUUUUUUCUUGUUCUUUCUUCUCUGUAUUAUGUUUAUGUAUUUGUCUU